AUGAAGGCCACUAGCGCAACGGUGGCUUUCCUAGCCAUUGCUGCUGUCCAAGCAGCCAAGCACGCCCAUGACCAUGGCCACCACCGUAGCCAUCGCUCGGUGGAUAGCCCCGUGGUCAAGAAGAGUUCCUCGUGUCAGUUCCCCUCCGGGGCUGGCUUGAUCCCCAUCACUCCCCACGAGACCAAUGGUGGUUGGGCGAUGAGCCCUGAUCAGGAGUGCAAGCCUGGCGGAUAUUGUCCGUAUGCUUGUCCAGCCGGCCAGGUCUCCAUGCAGUGGGACCCGGAGGCUACUUCGUACACCUACCCCAUGUCCAUGAAUGGUGGACUGUACUGCGACGAGAAUGGCGAAAUACAGAAGCCAUUCCCGGACCGUCCCUACUGCAAGGACGGCACAGGCGUCGUCAGCGCGAAGAACAAGUGCAAGGAGCAGGUGUCUUUCUGCCAGACUGUUCUUCCGGGCAAUGAAGCCAUGCUGAUCCCCACGCUUGUGGAAGAGCUGGCUACCCUGGCUGUUCCGGAUCUGAGUUACUGGUGUGAGACUGCGGCGCAAGGACAUGAUACUGACAGUACUAGCUUCUAUAUCAACCCUCCGGGAUACAACACCGAGACUGCCUGUGUCUGGGGUACCUCUGAGAACCCCUACGGCAACUGGUCCCCGUAUGUUGCCGGUGCCAACACUGACGGCGACGGCAACACCUAUGUGAAGCUCGGAUGGAACCCGAUUUACCUAGAACCGACUACCCCGUUCCGCAACGAAGUCCCUGAGUUCGGUGUCGAGAUCGAGUGUGAGGGAGACGGCUGCAAUGGACUGCCAUGCAAGAUCGACCCAUCCGUGAACGGCGUGAACGAGAUGACUGGCGACAGCUCAGUGGGUGCAGGCGGUGCAUCCUUCUGUGUGGUGACGGUGCCCAAGGGCGGAAAGGCCAAUGUCGUUGUCUUCGACAAGGACGGCGGUGACUCUACCAGCGUGCCGGUGUCCAGCAGCAGUGUUAGCAGCGUCGUCGUGAGCAGCAGCGCCAGCACCAGCAGCACCUCGACCAGCAGCAUCGUCCCUACUACGAGCAGCACGCCGACGAGUGUCAGCACCAGCACCAGCACCAGCACCAGCACUAGCACCAGCACUAGCACUAGAACUAGCAGCAGCACCCCGACCCCGACGCCGUCCAGCACUACUACUACUAUCUCCAGCACCACUCUCAGCUCCAGCUCCACCAUCAGCACCACCAGCUCCAGCAGCAUAACUCCCCGGCCCACCCCCAGCUGGACGCCCUCUUCCAGCUGGAAGAUCAGCUCGAGCGCAGCACUGAACUGGACCGUGUCGGCUAGCUACACGUACAAGCCACACGUGAUGGUGGAGACGGGCUCCUCGCACACGCAGCCUGUAGCUGCUGCUGCUGUUGCCAGUGAGGGCUCGAGCCAGACGACUGGAACCGCUCAAGCAACGCAGUCAGCGGUUGUGACGGAGGGAGCUGCUGUCAGCACUGCCGUGUCGAAGCUGAGUCUGAUUGUGGCAGUUCUUGGAGCCAUUGUCAUGGUCUAG